UGCUUAUUUUUGCGUAACAUUCGGGAUAACGAUGAGAAGGAUAGCGCAUUCCGAGGCAUAUGCAAUCUGAUCACGCUAAAUCCGGCCGGCGUGCUAAACGACUUUUUGUUCUUCUGCGACGCGGUAGCUUCUUGGAACGCACCUAAAGAAGAUUUGAAGGAACGCUUCCAUGCGAUCUUGCAUGGUUUCAAAGCACAAGUGGGCGAGGAGGAAUGGACCAAAUUUUGGACCCAAUGCCCGCCGAUGCUUCGCGAGCGCCUAGCAGCACAGUAUGGAUUAUGA